AUGGACUUUACAUACCGUUACUCGUUCGAGCCUACGGACUACGACACUGACGGUCUCUGUGAUGGUGUUCCAGUGCGCAUGCACAAGGGUGCAGACUUGGACGAGGUUGCCAUCUUCAAGGCUCAGUAUGACUGGGAGAAGCAUGUUGGUCCCAAGCUGCCCUUUCGAGGUGCAUUGGGGCCAAGACACAACUUCAUCUGUCUUACUCUACCAGAGUGUUUGCCUGAGAGGCUAGAGAUUGUUUCUUAUGCGAAUGAGUUUGCCUUCCUUCAUGAUGAUAUCACUGAUGUUGAGUCAGCCGAGACGGUUGCUGCCGAGAAUGAUGAAUUUCUCGAUGCACUUCAACAAGGUGUAAGAGAAGGUGACAUCCAGAGCCGCGAGUCUGGAAAGCGACAUCUCCAGGCUUGGAUCUUCAAGUCUAUGGUAGCCAUUGACCGUGAUCGAGCAGUGGCAGCUAUGAACGCUUGGGCCACCUUUAUCAACACAGGUGCAGGAUGUGCCCAUGACACAAACUUCAAGACACUUGAUGACUAUCUCCACUACAGAGCUACAGAUGUCGGUUACAUGUUCUGGCACGCGCUCAUCAUUUUUGGAUGUGCCAUCACUAUUCCUGAUCAUGAGAUUGAGCUAUGCCAUCAACUCGCUCUUCCAGCCAUCAUGUCAGUGACUUUGACAAAUGACAUUUGGUCAUAUGGCAAGGAAGCAGAGGCAGCUGAGAAGUCCGGUAAACCCGGAGACUUUGUGAAUGCUCUUGUUGUUUUGAUGAGAGAGCACAACUGCUCCAUCGAAGAAGCCGAGCGCCUCUGCAGAGCACGAAACAAGAUUGAAGUAGCCAAGUGUCUCCAGGUCACCAAGGAGACACGAGAGCGAACAGAUGUUUCUCAGGAUCUCAAGGACUACCUAUACCACAUGCUGUUUGGUGUCAGUGGAAACGCUAUCUGGAGCACUCAGUGCAGAAGAUAUGACAUGAACGCGCCUUACAAUGAGAGGCAACAGGCCAGACUCAAGCAGACCAAAGAGGAGCUUACUUCUACAUAUGACCCCAUUCAGGCAUCCAAGGAGGCCAUGAUGGACACUACUCGUCCUGAGAUCCACAGACUACCUACUCCCGACAGCCCUGCUAAGGAGAGCUUUGCUGUUCGUCCUUUGGUUAACGGCAGUGGAGAGUACAAUGGCAACAGUUAUGUCAAUGGUACCAAGACGAAUGGCGUUCAUGGGACCAAUGGAGUCUCCAAUGGUCUCCCUCAGUCUACUCAGAACGGCCACUCAACUAUCAAUGGGGUUGACGAACGUCCUUCCAUUGAAAGACAUGCUUCAACCAAGCGAGCCACUUCAGCUGACGACAUUGAUUGGACAGCGCACAAGAAGGUGGACAGUGGGGCUGAUCACAAGAAGACGCUGUCUGAUAUCAUGUUGCAAGAACUGCCUCCCAUGGAAGACGAUGUCGUCAUGGAGCCAUACAGAUAUCUAUGUUCUCUUCCAUCAAAGGGAGUCAGGAACAAGACCAUUGACGCUCUCAACUUUUGGCUCAAGGUUCCCGCCGACAAGGCAAACACCAUCAAGUCCAUCACGGAAAGCCUGCACGGGUCAUCACUCAUGCUUGAUGAUAUCGAGGACCACUCACAACUGCGACGUGGCAAGCCUUCUGCGCAUGCUGUUUUUGGCGAGGCGCAGACCAUCAACUCUGCAACAUUCCAGUACAUCCAGUCUGUUAGUUUGAUCAGCCAGCUUAACAGCCCCAAGGCUCUGAGCAUCUUUGUUGAUGAGAUCCGACAACUCUUUAUUGGUCAGGCUUACGAGCUUCAGUGGACCUCUAACAUGAUCUGUCCACCUUUGGAGGAGUAUUUACGAAUGGUUGACGGAAAAACUGGUGGCUUGUUCCGUCUCCUCACCCGUCUCAUGGCUGCUGAGUCUACUACUGGAGUAGAUGUUGACUUUAGCCGUCUGUGUCAGCUGUUUGGUCGCUACUUCCAGAUUCGAGACGAUUACGCCAAUCUCAAGCUUGCAGACUACACCCAACAAAAGGGUUUCUGCGAAGACCUUGACGAGGGCAAGUUCUCGCUCCCUCUCAUCAUCGCCUUUAAUGAGAACAACAAGGCUCCCAAAGCCGUGGCUCAAUUGCGAGGUCUCAUGAUGCAGCGUUGUGUCAACGGCGGUCUUACCUUUGAACAAAAGGUGCUGGCAUUGAAUCUCAUUGAAGAGGCUGGUGGAAUUUCGGGUACUGAAAAGGUGCUCCACUCGCUUUAUGGUGAGAUGGAGGCUGAGUUGGAGAGGUUGGCGAAGGUGUUUGGAGCCGAGAAUCACCAACUUGAACUUAUUCUGGAGAUGUUGCGAAUAGAUUAG